GGUGACAACUCUGGCGACCACCACAACAUCUGAUUAGUUAAAAAAAAAACGAAAUAAAAAAGAGAUUAUUCCCGCAGCUUACACCUGUCGCAGCUUUUGUUGUACCCUGCCACGCCCCCGAAGUUUCCGUACCCUCUCCUGGACUUCGAGCUUAUGGGCGCAGUUGGAUCCGCUUUGAAAUCACCAAUAGUCGAUAUGUCUACCAAGCAAGCGAAAUUCGUGGAAAACACAAUUUCCAGCAAUAAGGUUGUGAUAUUUAGUAAAACCUAUUGUCCGUACUGCACGAUGGCUAAAGAACCAUUCCGGAAACUCAACGUGGAUGCCCACAUUAUAGAGCUCGAUGGGAACCCCGAUGGCAAUGAGAUUCAGGCGGUUCUGGGCCAAAUUACAGGGGCCAAAACGGUUCCCCGCGUCUUUAUCGAUGGCAAAUUCGUUGGAGGCGGCACAGAUAUCAAACGCAUGUUCGAAACCGGGGCUCUGCAGAAAUAUUUCCCAUAAAUAUCCGAUCGUGCAAUUUCCUAUACUCUGUGCAAAGCUCCUUUUCAUUUUCAAAAGUUAGAGCACGUUUUUCUAGUUAAUGUUCAAAUACCUUAAAUAAAUUCUUUUAAAUAUU